ACCUACCGCAUACUCAACCUCACCCUGGAGAUCAUCUACCUGCUGACCGGAGAGAGUUUUCCUCCUGUGAAGUCAGGUGAUCAUCUCACCAUCAUGGUUCCUCCACCUCAGUCCCUGAAACCUAAGGGGGACAGUGACCAGAAGAUCCUGGAACUGACCAAUAAUAUCAUCAAGCUGCUGACAGGAGAGGUUCCUAUAAGGUGUCAGGGUGUCACUGUCUAUUUCUCCAUGGAGGAGUGGGAGUAUUUAGAAGGACACAAGGAUCUCUAC